AUGCCGAUUAGUCUUUGUAACUUUAGUAGUAAGGUGGUCAUGAAGCUCAUGGUGGUUCGGAUGCCCACGGUCCUACCCCGUGUGCUGUCUCCACAACAGAGUGGGUUUGUUGCUGGCCAAUCCAUCACGGAUAAUGUUCUUUUGGCGUCUGAGAUUUGUCAUGGAUUAAGCCUGCAGAGUCGGGACAUUGUGCUUAAGCUGGAUAUGGCUAAGGCAUAUGACCGGUACUCGGUGAUAGUAAAUGGCAUCAAGGAAGGUUUUUUCACAUCUACGAGGGGGCUCAGGCAGGGGGACCCUUUAUCCCCGACUCUGUUUGUUAUUGCAGCUGAAGUACUGUCGGUUUAUCUUGCCCAUGUUUAUGACGGCACCACUGUGCCUCAGUUCACUCAGCCGCCGGGGACACCACACAUACAUCAUUUGGCCUAUGCAGAUGACGUCAUUAUCUUUAGCACGACCAGGUUGGGGGCAGUUGGUAAGCUUUCAGAAGACCGCAAGAAGUGCAUCUAUUUUACUUCUAUUGUUGAUAAGGUUAAGGCAAAGUGUUUGAGCUGGCAGCGGCGAGUCCUUUCCAAACGGGGGAAGGCUAUCUUGGUAUUGUCAGUAUUGCAGGCUAUUCCACUUCACAUGUUCUCGGCCUGUGCGCCGCCCAAGCAAGUAAUCUGGGACUUGGAGCGAUGUUUUGCCAGUUUCUUUUGGAAGCAGACAGGAGGUGCUCGGUAUCAUUGGAGCUCGUGGAAAACUCUGUCCCUUCCUAAAAAGGAGGGGGAGUUGGGUUCUUGGAUUCGGAUCUGA